AUGCGCCCGCGCUUUGGCGAUGGGUUGAUUCCCAACUCGCUUCCCUCCACUUUGGUGGCUUGUGCCCUGCCCGUGGAGCAGCCGGAUGUCAAGAAAGACUGGUCUGAUCAUGCGCUAUGGUGGGAAAAGAAGAAAACUUGGCUCCUUAAAACUCACUGGACGUUGGACAAAUAUGGGAUCCAGGCUGAUGCCAAGCUCCAGUUCACACCUCAGCACAAGCUGCUUCGUCUUCAGCUUCCAAACAUGAAAUACGUGAAGGUGAAAGUCAACUUCUCUGACAGAGUCUUCAAAGCAGUUUCUGACAUCUGCAAAACUUUCAACAUCAGGCACCCAGAAGAGCUCUCCCUUUUGAGGAAACCCAGAGACCCGUCCAAGAAGAAAAAGAAAAAGCUGGAUGAUCAGUAUGAAGACGAAGCCCUCGAGCUGGAGGGCCCGCUCAUCACUCCGGGAUCGGGCACCGAUAUUCUUUACAUCGGCCCCGUGAAAGGAAACAUCUACUCGAGCCCGGGGCUGUACAGCAAGACCAUGACGCCGACCUACGACUCGCACGACGGCAGCCCCCUCUCGCCCACCUCGGCCUGGUUCGGGGACAGCGCCCUGUCCGAGGGCAACCCGGGCAUCCUGGCCGUGAGCCAGCCCGUCACGUCCCCGGAGUCCUUAGCCAAAAUGUACAAGCCACAAGCGCUGCUUGAUAAAGCCAAAAUCAACCAAGGAUGGCUGGAUUCGUCCAGGUCCCUCAUGGAGCAGGAGGUGAAAGAAAAUGAGGCUUUGCUGCUCCGGUUCAAAUACUACAGCUUUUUCGACCUGAAUCCAAAGUACGACGCCAUCAGGAUCAACCAGCUCUACGAGCAGUCCAAGUGGGCCAUCCUGCUGGAGGAGAUCGAGUGCACGGAGGAAGAAAUGAUGAUGUUUGCGGCGUUGCAGUACCACAUCAACAAGCUGUCCAUCAUGUCGUCGGAAAACCACCUGAACAACAGCGACAAGGAGGUGGACGAGGUGGACGCGGCGCUUUCGGAUCUCGAGAUUACUUUGGAAGGUGGCAAAACCUCCACGAUCCUGGGUGACAUCACUUCCAUUCCUGAACUUGCUGACUACAUUAAAGUAUUCAAGCCCAAGAAGCUGACGCUGAAGGGCUACAAGCCCUAUUGGUGCACCUUCAAAGAUACCUCCAUUUCCUGCUAUAAAAGCAAGGAAGAAUCCAACGGGACCCCUGCGCACCAGAUGAAUUUAAGAGGGUGUGAAGUUACCCCUGAUGUGAACAUCUCUGGUCAGAAGUUUAACAUCAAACUCCUGAUCCCAGUGGCAGAGGGGAUGAAUGAGAUCUGGCUUCGCUGCGAUAACGAGAGGCAGUACGCCAACUGGAUGGCAGCGUGCCGGCUCGCCUCCAAGGGCAAGACCAUGGCCGACAGCUCCUACAGCCUGGAGGUGCAGAACAUCCUGUCCUUCCUCAAGAUGCAGCACCUGAACCCCGACCCGCAGCUCAUCCCGGAGCAGAUCACGACCGACAUCAAUCCCGAGUGCCUGGUGUCUCCUCGCUACCUGAAGAAGUACAAGAACAAGCAGAUCACGGCGCGGAUCCUGGAGGCCCAUCAGAACGUGGCGCAGAUGAGUCUCAUCGAAGCCAAGAUGCGAUUUAUUCAAGCUUGGCAGUCGCUGCCAGAAUUCGGCAUCACGCAUUUCAUUGCAAGGUUCCAGGGAGGCAAGAAGGAGGAGCUGAUCGGAAUCGCCUACAACCGGCUGAUCCGCAUGGACGCGAGCACGGGCGACGCCGUCAAGACGUGGCGCUUCAGCAACAUGAAGCAGUGGAACGUCAACUGGGAGAUCAAAAUGGUAACGGUGGAGUUCGCGGACGACGUCCGGGUGUCCUUCAUCUGCACGGAGGUGGAUUGCAAGGUGGUUCACGAGUUCAUCGGGGGCUACAUCUUCCUGUCGACACGAGCGAAGGAUCAGAACGAGAGCCUAGAUGAAGAGAUGUUCUACAAACUCACCAGUGGUUGGGUGUGAGUUCCACGUACUGUAAACUGAGAGGAAACCCCAUGGCCAUAUUAAUAUUUAACUUUAAGAAGCUGUUAUUUGAAAUAUGCUGCUUAAUAAAGUAAGCUUGAAAUGUAUCUUUUUUAUCAUGAAAAUUUUUGCAUUACCAGACCAGUUAAUCUGUGUGCACUAAUGAGCACUUCUGUUAAUUUGCUAUAACAAGACAGUAUCUGGGCCAGGUGGCUCUGCCUGUAGCCCUUAGAUACAAACUGCAAUGGGCAGAUCAGCAUAAGAUGUGACUGACCUAAACCAGCCAAAUUUCCAAGAGAACUCUAAGCCAUCUUCUUUAAAAGCCAUCCAGGGCUUAAGCUAUAUGAAGUCUAUUUAUCAUGUUUAAUGCAUGAGUGUUUUAUUUCCUUUUGUGUUGUUUUUAUUCUGUAAAUUUGACCUCCUGUUUUGAAGUUGUGCCCUCCCUAAGUAGCAUUUUGAUCUUUACUUUCACACUACGUGCACCAGGACUGCUACAGGUGCCUGACAUUAUUUUGAAGAUAGUUGCGUGUGGCCUUAAAAACAACCUUCUGGUAGUCUGUCUGUUAUAGCUUGGUUUGUUUGUUAACUUCCCUUUUGAUAAUCAUUUAUAUUGUCUUUUGUUUUUUUUUUUUAAUUUUUACACCAUAUUGUAUUAUGACACUUUUAGUAUUCACCAGCAUAGUCACUGUUCUGCCUAUGAUAUGCAAACUUUUUUCAUUUCAAUAUGAAGUAAAGGUCUAUGAAGUAUAGGUUUUGUGUAACUAAUGUAAAAACACAAAUUUUAUAAAAUUGUACAGUUUUUUUAACUAGUCUCACAAGCCAGCUAGAAUAUUGCAUAGAUCUGGUGUAUCAGCAUUAACUAUAGCAUGCUUGUAAGGGAUAAGGGGAG